AGACACAACAUAAGCAUGCGAUUUAAAUAGCUUUGUGUGUUAUUAAGGUGGUCGUUGUGGCCACUGUGAUUCAAGAACCCCAAAAUAAAUAUGAAGGUUUUAAAAAACUUUUAUGUUCAUAUUGGUACAACUGGCCAUGGGUACUUAAAGUUGAAAGAAUGAAACCAAUAGAACGAUUACCUCAAAUUAGAACGCUGGUUGGAAAUUGUGAGGUGGAUGUUGGUACUUGCCCAAUUGGAUCCUGUUCAAUAUUUUGCCCGGAUGACGGAUAUAUAUGCCCCGAAACGGAAACCCGAAUGAAAGACUGUGGGGUGUUUGGAAGCAGACCUUACGAAUAUGUCAAGCAAUGUGGAUGUUGUAAGGAUAAUGGUAUUGUUGUCAUUGGUGUUGUAAAAGAUCAAGUCUCUCAACAACCUGUAGAUAGCAUAUUUGUCUUUUUAGACCUCAACACUUUAAUUACCGGGAAAGAUGGUAUUUUUAAGACUACAAUUGGGUCAAGCGUUCGACGGAUCGUUAUAAGGACGAAAAAACAAAAUUACUUGGAAGCUGUCAAAGUCGUUGACAUACCAGAGGGUUUCAGAGGUCCUGUGCAAAUUGAAAUUUUCGUCAUUAUGAAAUCCGAUCCAGUGAAAAUCGAUUCAACUGAAAGUACAGUACUUUCUCUGUCAUCUAAUCCACUAGACCCAAAAGCCGGUAGUACACUUGUUGAAAUUCAAGCAAACUCAUUCAUUUAUAGCAAUGAAAAGCCAUAUCAAGGCAUAGUAAAAGCAAGCAUUACUUUUCUUGACACAGGAAAUAACCCUGACAUUGAAGUUCCAGGUUUAUUCCAAACCACCAUUGGAAAUACGGUUGAACCUCUUAUCACAGAUGGUGUAUUUUCUUUCAAUUUUGAAAGUGCUGAUGGAAUAGAAAUCAAGCUUUCUGCACCAGUGAAAUUUACAGUACAAGCUGGUAUGAAAGUAUGGAAACUUAAUUCAUUUACUGGUUUAUGGGAAUUAGUUAGACCCGCUGUAAAAAGAAGGAAACGACAAGUUUUACUUGAAGAUAUCAUCAACAUUGAAAGCGAUCGUUGGUACAAUAUUGAUAAGAUUCCUGGCGCUCCAAGAUGCUACUUUAAAGGUAGAAUCUUUGAUAAAAUGAGUGGGACAGAGAUCACGAGCAGCAGUACUGUAUCAUUUAGGCCAGAAAUUACAGCAUACACAAGUGCCAAAGAACGUUUGCGUCUGUAUUUCAAAUACACAACCAAACCAAGUACAACAUGCUAUGAAGUGAGAUGCCCAUUAGUAAGUAAUCCAGAUAAUAACCUUUCCGGUUUUAUUAACAUGUCUUCAACAGAGGUUGUUUCAAUUGGAGGAACAAAUGUUCCAAUCGUUACUUAUCUUACACCAAGAGAACUUGCUGACUAUGACGAUGCAAAUAUAGAGCCAAAACUUUCCGAUGUUCUAUAUAAGAUUGCGCCAAAUAAUUUGGAUAUUUUUGUGAAUUUUGUUUCCGACACAGAGGGUCCUUUUUACAGUAACAAAACUAUUUGCGAAAGUUCGAGUAUAAAACAGCCUGCUCUUCAUUUCUUUAAGCCAGAUUUGCCAAGCUAUGAUCCUGUCCCUGAUGACGCUAAAAUUUGCACUGCAAGAAUUGCAUUCAGAGGUCAUAAUAACUUCUACAGCAAUAUUUCAAAAAUUACAAAUCUGCCAAAUGUGACGGGAAUCAGCGUGUGGGAACAGGACGGCUCCAAAUUCUACUACACAGAUGUUGCUCAAAUGGAACUCCUCACAAAUGGCAAUUAUACUUUUGUUUUCAUUUGUCUUAAAUACAGAUGUAGUCAAGAGAAUGAAUUAACUACAGUGUACAUCGUUGCAAAGGAGGUUCAAGUCCCUUUGACAGAUGGUGAACAAUUUAUAGAUUUUCGUUGUUACGGAAAACAAAACAUUAGCGCUGAAUUGAAUGUUAGAGAUGAUAAAUAUUCUACAAUUACAGGUUCAUUCACUGCACCUGUCAACGUCGGUACAGGUCCAGAUUUUUAUAACACGGACGUCAACGAUUGCAAGCAGGAGACGAAUCCUGCAGUAUUUGCUUACGAACUGUAUUGUAGAAUGCUUCUUGUGGCCUAGCAAAUAUUGCCUUUCUUCAAGUAAUCCUUUUCUUUAUAUUUUAUGCAGUUAUUUGAACAUUGUAAGCCAUUUUGUCUUAAAAUGUGUCCAUGAUUUAAUUAACAAUUAGGGAAAAGGGAAACUAAGUGUAUUGUUUUAGUUUGUAUAAAUAUGCUUAAGUUGUCUAAAAUAAAUAAAAAAAACUUUUAAGUGAGCUCAACACGGCGAAACUGAGUGUUGCAGACUUGGAGGCUUCCGAGGCAUCACCUAUUUUCCAGAUUUUAUACUUCAUAUCAGCAGGUGUCAAGUGUGGUGUAGCAGCUUUAAAAAAAGUCCUCGUACUUCAUUUCAGUGUUGUUAUAUUUUUAUAUUCCUUCGGUAUCAUUUAUUCCAGCUCUUUUAAGUGUUGAAAAUUCAGUACCGCUUAAGCCGGUCCUAGGGCGUGUGAGGGAUGAUGUACUUUUUCAUUAGCCCUCGAGUAAAGACUCAAUCAAAGCGAGUCUGCAAUUUCUGUGUAAUUUUGUAAUCAUGAAUAGUGAUUUCUCGGAAUUACAUUUUUUUUCUAGAUUUAUGGAAAAAAUGAGAAUGCCCUUAGACAAAAAAGUACACCUAGUAUAAUGCAAUAAUAUUUGCAAUUAUAAGUAAAUUUACAAAACUAAAAUACUCGUCAUUAAUAUAUAACAAAGCUGUCUUCAUUUUUUUUUAAAUUUAGUUGAAUAUUAAAGUAUUUUAGCCUGAAAUGUGAGAAAAAAAGCUGGAUUCUUCUAAGAAUCUUUCCAAGUCUGCCUCCGGAAAUUUUACAAUACUGGUACAUGCAUACACAUCGUUCUGGACCUGUAGGGUUCGAAACUAAAGGGGGAAACAAAAUAUGAAUAACAAGAAUAUCAAGGAAGGGGGCUUUCAAUGAACAAGCCUAUAAGUGUUACGUUUGAUGAACAAAGAAUAUAGUGGUAAUGUAAAUUUUACUAGAACAUUAAGCUGAUAAUCAAUAUACAUUUCUUGAAACAUAGACUGCUUUUAAAAUAUUUAAACAAACAUUUACAUAUUGAUCAUCGGGCAAUAUUUCUAAAACAUACAUACGCGUGUCACAGGGGCUGUGGGACGAUGUACACCUUUAUCAUUUCAACUAGGGGCAGAAGGAAAGUGUGGCACUUCCCCGGUUUCUUUUCAACAUAUUUAUUGAAGUUCCACGAAAUAGACGCCGAUGUUUGAUCUGGGAACGACACAGGUUGCCGUGAGGGCCCCAUUAUUGCCCCAAAACAAACGCCGAGGAUUGGCAUUCUUAAUUUGCCCUGUGCUAGAACGCCCCAGGGACCCUUUAGUCGCGGUACUAAUCCUAU